AUGGUUAAUUUCCCCUCAAUACGUCUGCUUAAAUGCACUGUUGGAUCUGCAUUUUGUUCAGUGCCGUUUUCACGUUUAUUAUCAAAUACAACUACUUAUCCGGAGUACGGAAUUACAAAUAUUCAAGAUGAUAGUGAUUUUGACAAACGUGUAUUAAAUAAUUCCGCACCGGUCAUUGUUGACUUUCAUGCUAAAUGGUGUGGACCUUGUAAAAUUUUAGGUCCACGGUUGGAAAAUAUAAUGAAAUCGUAUAUGAAUUCUGUGCUACUCGCUAAAGUUGAUGUCGAUCAGUUAGAUACUAUUGCCGAAAAAUAUAAGAUUAAAGUUGUUCCAACUGUGAUUUCCAUCAAAAACGGCAAAGAAAUUGAACGUUUUGAAGGAGCCAAAGAAGAGGAAUUCAUUAGACGUAAAAUAGAAUAUGUAUUAGCGCAUAAUGGUUAG